CCUGGUGGCCAUGGGAUGGGGAACCGCAGUGACUUCCACGGAGGUUUCGGCAGUGGCAUCCGGGGCCGGGGUCGCGGGCGUGGACGGGGCCGUGGCCGAGGCCGCGGAGCUCGCAGAGGCAAGGCCGAGGAUAAGGAGUGGAUGCCUGUCACCAAGCUGGGCCGCUUGGUCAAGGACAUGAAGAUCAAGUCCCUGGAGGAGAUCUAUCUCUUCUCCCUGCCCAUUAAGGAAUCUGAGAUCAUUGAUUUCUUCCUGGGGGACUCUCUCAAGGAUGAGGUUUUGAAGAUUAUGCCCGUGCAGAAGCAGACCCGUGCCGGCCAGGGCACCAGGUUCAAGGCGUUUGUUGCUAUCGGAGACUACAAUGGCCAUGUCAGUCUGGGUGUUAAGUGCUCCAAGGAGGUGGCCACCGCCAUCCGUGGGGCCAUCACCCUGGCCAAGCUCUCCAUUGUCCCCGUGCGCAGAGGCUACUGGGGGAACAAGAUCGGCAAGCCCCACACCGUCCCUUGCAAGGUGACAGGCCGCUGCGGCUCUGUGCUGGUGCGCCUCAUCCCUGCACCCAGGGGCACUGGCAUCGUCUCCACACCUGUGCCCAAGAAGCUGCUCAUGACGGCUGGUAUCGAUGACUGCUACACCUCAGCCCGGGGCUGCACUGCCACCCUGGGCAACUUCGCCAAGGCCACCUUUGAUGCCAUCUCUAAGACCUACAGCUACCUGACCCCCGACCUCUGGAAGGAGACUGUAUUUACCAAGUCUCCCUAUCAGGAAUUCACUGACCACCUCGUCAAGACCCACACCAGAGUCUCGGUGCAGCGGACCCAGGCUUCAGAUGUGGCUACAACAUAGGGUUUUUAUACAAGAAAAAUAAAGUGAAUUAAGCCUGAAAAAA